AUGAGUCACAAGGGAGACAGCAUUGAUGAAAACGAAGAUGCCCCGGAUUCAGACCACGAUGCUACACUUUCAGAUGGAGCCCCUUCCAGAAACCCUCGAGGACCACCACCCGACACCGAGCCAGAAGAUACGGGACCUGGGGACCAAGCUGAGUUGACCGAUUAUGAAGAGGAAAGAGAGCUCCCACUCAGCGCUUGGGUCCAUCUCAUGACAGAUCACUGUCGAGUUAAAUGUGUCGGACCAACGACAAACAGCAAGCAAGACAACAUCAUAUGUGGCAAGCUGAAGAGCAAGUGCCGAUUCCGUCUCCACAAAGAACUUCAAAGCAGUGGCGAACAAGCAGCCCCACGUUGGUACAAAGGAGUCCCAUCUACCAAGGACAUUGACAAGGAAACUGGGGAAUUUAUUAUUCAUGGUCAACAAUAUGGUCAUUGUCGGACCGAGAAGGAAAUGGACGAGCAUCUCAACCGAGUCUCCAAUGAAGUGCUCUCCAUCUCAGACGAAGAGGAAGAGCAUGAUGACACCAAUGUCAAUACUAGCGAAGUGGAUUCUGAGGGACAAUUCUUGGAUGGCUCAGACGACAACCACCAAGACGACCUCGACCGAAUCAAUGAAAUAAUCGCUGAGAUCGAAGAGGCAAAGUUGAAGAAGCUGAAAGCGGAGAAGGCAAGACUGGAAGCAAAGAAGGUAGCAAGCCAGUCUCCUUGUAAGAAGAAGCGCACCCCAACCAAGAAGAAAACUAGGGCAACUAGGGCAACCUCCCAGAGGAAAGUUCCCAUUGCAAGAAAGAAGACACUGAAGGGAACAACGCCCAAACAAGUCACUAUUGAAGAGGGCAACAAUACUCUGAAGUCUCCCCCCAAGCUGUUAGAAUAA